AUGGUGGAGAUUAUAGGAUCGCCGGCGGAACACGGCUACUAUAUGCCGGCGGAAUGGGAGCCUCAUGCUCAGACUUGGAUCGGUUGGCCUGAACGGCAGGACAACUGGCGGCACAAGGCUUUUCCUGCACAAAGAGUGUUUGCAGAUGUUGCGAAGGCUAUCUCCAAGUUCGAGCCUGUGACAGUCUGUGCCAGCUCAGCUCAGUGGGAAAAUGCAAGGAAACAGCUUCCAGAGGAUAUCAGAGUUGUUGAGAUGAGCAUGAAUGAUUCUUGGUUCCGUGACUCUGGUCCAACUUUUGUUGUGCGGAAAACACCAUCAAAGGUCAGCUCUCUUAACCGAAACAUCGCUGGAAUCGACUGGAAUUUCAAUGCCUGGGGAGGAGUUGAUGAUGGUUGUUACAAUGAUUGGAGUCAUGACCUUCUAGUUCCUAAAAAGAUUCUCUCUGUUGAGCGAAUUCCAAGAUUUCAACAUUCGAUGAUUCUUGAAGGAGGCAGCAUCCAUGUAGACGGGGAAGGAACCUGCCUUGUCACAGAAGAGUGUCUCUUGAACAAAAACCGGAACCCUCACUUGUGCAAAGAGCAAAUAGAGGAAGAGCUGAAGAAAUAUCUCGGUGUUAAAACAUUUAUCUGGCUUCCUCGUGGUCUUCACGGUGAUGAUGACACAAACGGCCACAUUGAUAACAUGUGCUGCUUCGCUAAACCGGGAGUUGUGUUACUGUCUUGGACAGACGAUGAGAACGAUCCUCAGUACGAAAGAUCCGUAGAAGCUCUUUCGGUUUUCUCAAACUCCGUCGAUGCUCGUGGCAGGAAGAUUCAAGUCAUCAAGCUUUACGUCCCGGGACCGCUUUUUAUGACUGAUGAAGAAGCUUCUGGAAUCAUUCAGGAAGGUGAAGCUAAACCGAGAAUUGCAGGCACAAGACUCGCAGCUUCCUAUGUGAAUUUCUACUUCGCUAAUGGAGGAAUCAUCGUGCCGCAGUUCGGUGACACGAAACGCGACGAAGAAGCGAUUCGUGUCCUCUCAGAGACAUAUCCUCAUCACUCGGUUGUGGGAAUCGAGAACGCAAGAGAGAUCGUUCUUGCUGGAGGAAACAUACAUUGCAUAACGCAGCAGCAGCCGGCGGAGCCUACUGACGUCGCCGAGAACGGCCACUGA